CCAUGUUGAGCCUUUGGCGUCACUCGACCGCAUCUUGUUGCUUUGGAGGUCGACGCUCCAUAGCAACCAUCAUCUCCGGAAACCAAACUUCCAAGUUGGUGAGGGAGCGGCUGAAGAAGGAGGUGGACGAGAUGAAGGUGACCAAGGUCGUCCCCAGUCUGCUGGUUUUACAGGUGGGGAACCGAGAAGAUUCCAACCUGUACAUCAGCAGUAAGAUGAAAGCUGCAGCUGAGGUGGGGAUCGAGGCAAAGCACGUGAGGUUGCCCAACACGGUGACGCAAGAUGAGGUGCUGCGGGCCAUCGCGGCCGUCAACGAGGACGCAUCCGUGCACGGCCUCAUCGUGCAGCUUCCUCUGGAUUCCGUCAACCGCAUGGAUGUGGAGAUGGUCACCAACGCCGUCUCGCCGCUCAAAGACGUGGACGGUCUGAGUUGCAUCAACGCAGGGAAGCUGUCUCGCGGGGACUUGAACAGCUGCUUCAUUCCCUGCACCCCCAACGGAUGCAUGGAGCUCAUCGGACAGACAGGUGUGAGCGUGGCCGGGAAGCACGCAGUGGUGAUCGGCCGCAGCAAGAUUGUGGGCGCCCCCAUGCACGACCUGCUCUUGUGGAAUCACGCCACCGUCACCACCUGCCACUCAAAGACGCGUGACAUUGCCACGCAGGUGGGCAGGGCGGACAUUGUGGUGGUGGGGGCGGGGCGAGCAGAGAUGGUGCGAGGCGAUUGGCUGAAGGAGGGCUGCGUGCUCAUCGACUGCGGCAUCAAUUACGUGUCAGACGCGAGCAAGCCGAGCGGCAAGCGUGUGGUGGGCGACGUGCACUUCGCCUCAGCCUAUCAACGAGCCGGCUUCAUCACGCCCGUGCCAGGAGGGGUGGGGCCCAUGACGGUGGCCAUGCUGAUGCAGAACACGGUGGUCAGCGCCCGGCGUGCUCUCGCCAACGCUGCCGGACACUGCCUCUGAAGCCGCAUGUUACCAAUAACGAGGGUAACCGAAGAAAAAAAGACACGCUAACCCCACACGGAGGCAGGCGGUUACCCACAAAAUAAUCCUCGCAUUUCAAAAUAAAAG